AUGACGAUAAUCAGAGUGACGCAGCAGAAGUUGUACGCUAAGUUGUCGAAGUGUGAGUUCUGGAAGGAGGAAGUGAAGUUCUUAGGUCACGUGGUGAGCAAAGGAGGAAUAGCCGUGGUUCCUUCUAAGGUGGAAAUGGUGAUGGAAUGGAAAAGGAUGACAACGGUGACGGAAGUCAAAAGCUUCUUGGGUUUAGCUGGAUAUUACAAGAGAUUCAUUGAAGGAUUUUCCCGGAUUGCACUACCGACGACUAAGUUGACAAGAAAAAAAGUGCCAUUUGUGUGGACGUCGGAGUGUGAAGAGAGUUCUCCAAACUUUGAAGGAGAAGUUAACUUCAGCACCUAUUUUGAUCUUGCUGGAACCGCAUGA